UUUAAUUUGUACACAGAUUAAAGCUAAAAAUUAUGACAAGGUUGAAAAGUUAUUUCAAAGAUGCCUCAUGAAGGUCUUACACAUAGAUCUAUGGAAAUGUUAUGUGUCCUAUGUUCGGGAGACCAAAGGGAAGCUUCCAAGUUACAAGGAGAAAAUGGCACAAGCAUACGACUUUGCUCUAGAUAAAAUUGGCAUGGAAAUAAUGUCAUAUCAGAUCUGGGUUGAUUACAUCAAUUUUUUGAAAGGAGUGGAAGCUGUGGGGUCCUAUGCAGAAAACCAAAGAAUCACAGCUGUACGCAGGGUCUACCAGCGAGGUUGUGUCAAUCCUAUGAUUAAUAUAGAACAACUCUGGAGAGAUUAUAACAAGUACGAAGAGGGUAUUAAUGUCCACCUUGCAAAGAAAAUGAUAGAAGAUCGGAGUAGAGAUUAUAUGAAUGCCAGGAGAGUGGCUAAGGAAUAUGAGACAGUAAUGAAAGGCUUGGAUCGCAACGCUCCCUCCGUGCCCCCACAGAAUACUCCACAGGAAGCUCAACAGGUAGAGAUGUGGAAAAAAUACAUACAGUGGGAGAAAAGUAAUCCUCUUCGGACAGAAGACCAGACCCUCAUAACAAAAAGAGUCAUGUUUGCCUAUGAGCAGUGCCUGCUGGUGUUGGGGCAUCAUCCAGACAUAUGGUAUGAAGCUGCACAGUAUCUUGAACAGUCCAGUAAGCUGCUGGCUGAGAAAGGGGAUAUGAACAACGCCAAACUGUUCAGUGAUGAAGCUGCCAGUAUUUAUGAACGUGCAAUUAGCACCUUGCUAAAGAAGAAUAUGCUGUUAUACUUUGCCUAUGCCGACUAUGAAGAGAGUCGUAUGAAGUAUGAUAGGACUCACAGUAUAUAUAAAAGACUUCUUGAAAUAGACGAUAUUGAUCCCACCUUGGUUUAUAUUCAAUACAUGAAGUUUGCAAGGCGGGCAGAGGGCAUCAAAGCUGGGCGAAUGAUCUUCAAAAAAGCCAGAGAAGAUAUUCGGACCCGCCAUCAUGUAUACGUCACAGCAGCCUUAAUGGAGUAUUACUGUAGUAAGGACACAUCUGUGGCCUUCAAGAUAUUUGAGUUAGGAUUGAAGAAAUAUGGAGACAUCCCAGAAUAUGUUCUUGCAUAUAUUGAUUAUUUAUCUCACCUCAAUGAGGACAACAACACAAGGGUGUUAUUUGAACGAGUUUUAACAUCAGGGAGUCUGCCACCUGAGAAAUCUGGUGAGAUCUGGGCUCGAUUCUUGGCAUUUGAGAGUAAUAUUGGAGAUCUAGCGAGUAUUCUGAAAGUAGAGAAGAGGAGAUAUACUGCGUUCAAAGAAGAGUAUGAGGGAAAGGAGACGGCGCUACUGGUAGACAGGUACAAGUUCAUGGAUCUGUACCCGUGUUCUGCAAGUGAACUCAAAGCUUUAGGAUAUAAGGAUGUCUCCCGUGCCAAAUUGGCAUCUUUGAUCCCAGACCCAGUGGUGGCUCCUUCCAUAGUCCCAUCUCUAAAGGAUGACAUUGACAGAAAACCAGAAUACCCAAAACCAGACACCAGCCAGAUGAUCCCAUUUCAACCAAGACACCUAGCUCCUCCUGGACUUCACCCAGUACCUGGAGGUGUGUUCCCAGUGCCUCCUGCUGCUGUGCUAUUAAUGAAGCUGCUUCCUCCACCCCUGUGUUACCAGGGUCCUUUUGUGCAGGUGGAUGAAGUUAUGGAGAUCUUACGCAGGUGUAAGCUUCCAGAUACUGUUGAAGAAGCUGUUAGAGUCAUUACUGGGGGUCAGGCGGAACUGCUGCAGGAGACCAACGGACCAGUUGAAGUGAACACCUUGAUUAAUAAAUCCCUCAAAAGACCCAAUGAAGAUUCUGAUGAUGAUGAAGAGAAGGGUGCUGUAGUGCCUCCUGUUCAUGACAUCUAUAGAGCUCGGCAGCAGAAGAGGAUUCGGUGA